CGUCCCCGGCUUGGGACAUCCUGGUCCCAACAACAAUCAGCAAGAUGUUUCUGUGGCGCAGAUCCUCGGGGCCUGGCCUUUCACUCCUUUCACUCGUGCACCCUACCCGGCUGCCUCCCUGGUGUCCCUUUCUUUCCCUUCUCCAACCCUGACUUUGACUGCCAGUUGUUUGGCACCCCAAGUAACCCUCUCUUCGGGCCGGAAAAGCGGGACAAGGGCCACCCUCUCCCCUCCGGCUUCUUUCAGCGUCUCCCGCCUCGCUCCCCCGCCCGGUCUUCUAGGGAGAGCGCGCCUGGAAAACCCUGGGCUCGGCCGCCCCCGCCGCAGAGCCGGUUCCUGUGUGUCGCGGGGUUCUGGCGGGGAAGGCGGUGGGGUGGCGCGCUGUUCCGGCAGUCAGGGAAAUGAAAAGUGCGGGAGGCAGCCGCUGGCGUCUCCUCCCUUCCCUUUGGGUGUGUGCACUGGGUGGCGGUAAUGGGGUUUAAGGUCCCAGUUCUCUGGCUCCCGUGGGUGACUCUUCCGUCCCCUCUCACCCUCUGUAUUGGUGUGGGGGGGGGCAGUCUCAGUUUGGAAUCCUUAAGGGAGGAAGCCUCUGGCGUACCCCGCUUCCCCCCACCCCCGGGAGGAAGGAGGCACCGCAGAGGAAGUGGAGGGGGGACGACACCUUGGGGAAGGCGCAUCCUGCGUAUUAGUCCUUGUCACUGUGUGUGAGGAGCAGCGCUGUGAGGAGGAAGUCUUCCCCCUGGCCAUGAACUACCUGGAUCGCUACCUGUCCUGCGUCCCCACCCGCAAGGCGCAGUUGCAGCUCCUGGGUGCGGUCUGCAUGCUGCUGGCCUCCAAGCUGCGCGAGACUACGCCCCUGACCAUCGAAAAACUGUGCAUCUACACCGACCACUCUGUCUCUCCCCGCCAGCUGCGGGACUGGGAGGUGCUGGUCCUGGGGAAGCUCAAGUGGGACCUGGCCGCCGUGAUUGCCCAUGAUUUCCUGGCCCUGAUUCUGCACCGGCUCUCUCUGCCCCGUGACCGACAGGCCUUGGUCAAGAAGCACGCCCAGACUUUUUUGGCCCUCUGUGCUACAGAUUACACCUUUGCCAUGUACCCGCCAUCCAUGAUUGCCACGGGAAGCAUUGGAGCUGCAGUGCAAGGCCUGGGUGCCUGCUCCACAUCUGGGGAUGAGCUCACAGAGCUGCUGGCAGGGAUCACAGGCACUGAAGUGGACUGCCUGCGGGCCUGUCAGGAGCAGAUUGAAGCUGCCCUCAGGGAGAGCCUCAGGGAAGCCGCCCAGACCUCCCCCAGCCCAGCGCCCAAAGCCCCCAGGGGCUCCAGCAGCCAGGGGCCCAGCCAGACCAGCACUCCCACAGAUGUCACAGCCAUCCACCUGUAGCCCUGGCGAGGCCCCCUCGAGUGGCCACCGACAGCAGAGGAGGGGACACUGCCACCCCCCUCCCUGCCUGCAGGAACGAACCAUGCCACAGCUGAAGCCCGAGGGGGCUCCUUCCUACUUGCCUGUCGCAAGCCGAAGGGGUCGGGUCCUACCUGUCCCUGCAGUGUGCACUAAGGGGCCUGGCCAGCUGCGGCAGGUGGCCAGUCAGGCUCCUCCUCCUCCCUGCAUCUGACCAGCUCAGCCCCAUCCCGGUCCUAGCUGGGGGCGGGCCAGGCUGGCCAGAGAUGAAAUUGAAGUCUGUAGAAUACAUGUGCCAGCAUUCCUUUUGGGGGCCCCCUUAUCUCUGGGGCUCUCGUGUUCUCAACUGCCAAAGUUGAACCCGGGCCCUCGGCAGUGAAAGCGCGGAGUCCUAACCACUGGACUGCCAGGGAAUUCCCUAGUUACUGCAUUUGGAUUGGGGUCUUUCUGAAGAAUCCUCACAUGUUCUAGACACAUGUGAGAAGAAAGAGUGGACAUCUCCUCUCAAUGCACUUGGAGGCCCCUGCAUAAUCCAUGCUCUCAGCUGCUCCUAGAGGGAGGGGCCCUGGCCUCUGUCUGAGGGGCAGGAACCAACCUCCUCGCUUUGCUUUCCGCUCAGCUUCUCCUGUGUGAUUGGGGGGUGGAGGGGCAGUGCUGAAGGAAGAGGUUGUUUUAAUUUAUUGAUUGAUUUGAGUACAGCCGUAAGAGGGUGUGGUGGGGCCCAUCUACCCUGAGUGGUGGUGACCCUGGUGGUUGCCGCAUUCCUCCCCUAUCCUACCGCUAGAGGAUCUUCGUGGCCAAGGAGCUGCUACAGCCUGGGCUGGGGCCACGCCCUCCUCUCCCUCUGGCCCUCUGCUCCAUCCUGCAAGGCUGGGGGAUGAAGUAGCGAUGACCUGGAGGUGACCAAGCCCCCUGUCUGGAGAGGGAGGCAAGCCCUGUCGACACAGGUCUUUCCCGAGGCCACAAGGUCCGGGCUGGUGGCCCAGGACCAUCAUGCUACCUUAAUAAAGAUUCUGAAAUAAAACUC